AUGCCCGCGGAUAGGAACGCACAGCAGCAACAUCACCCUCAUCGCCAUGAUGAGCUCGCCGCCGUUGACGCCAAGAUCCCACCCAAACAAACAGCGAGGCGUAGAGCAUAUGCAAAACGAAGCUGCCUCAAAUGUCGCGAGAAGAAGGCAAGAUGCGAGCUACCAGACGAAAGUCUCAAUGUCCCCUCUUCCAUGACGCCACUGACCAACGAUUUGGCCUGUCAUCGAUGCAAGGUUCUCUCGCUCGAUUGCGUUGUAUGGGACGGUGACCGCAAACGAAGGCCGAGGGUGUCCUCUCCCGGUUCGGCUCUCGAAGGUAAUCUAGGGAAGUGGCCAUCUACCAUCACCAGCACCACCGUCAAGGCCGAACCAAGUUCAUCUCGUCUACCCUCAUCUCCACCUCGUAGUCCUGGAUCGUUAGAGCAACUCGCCGCUGCUGCUGCUCGUCUGUCGGAUCAACGAUCCGCCUACCACGAUGCUCCCGACUUGUCUCCCCAUGCGGCCACGAGCUCCAACGAUGCUGCCAGCUCUAGAGAAGCUGCCUCCACCCUCGCAUCCGUCCAAUUCUUCAACCCGGUCCCUGAUGAUGUCGUGACUCCCCACUCGGCCUCCUCUACGCCUUCAGCACGCGGACACGAACGGUCUUCCAUGCAUGCUUCCUCGUUGUCCACCCAUUACAAGCCUCCUGCACCUGGCUCAGCACCCUCACCCAACAACUCGGCGACUUCGAUUCCAUCCAUGUCUGCGAAAGUGCAGCCGCCCGGACGGACCUGGACCUCGCUUUGGAGACCUCUCUCGGUUCUCAUCGACUACGCCGCUCAGCAACCUAGCUUCACUACUUAUCUCGUCUCUCGCAUCGACCGCAAUCUUACCGACCUCGACAUUCUCAACCUCAUCCCACGCUCUACCCUCUCUUACCUCAAGCCUUUCCUCAAGCCCUACCUCCUCUGGCAUCCGCAUUUACCCGGCUUAGAUCAGAUGUACGCCGCCCAUCGCAGGCGCCCCACCAUCUCCAGCGCACUUCUCCUCAGCUCCUUGUGUCUCGUCUCUUGCCGUCACGCUAUGCCCCUCAGCGAUCCGUUGGCCGUCCAGCUCUCUACCCUUGUCGACCAACUCGGCACGCAGAUCUUGCUCUCGACGCCAAGAGACAUGUACACCGUCCAAGCACUCGAACUCCUCCUGGCACACGAACCUUCCCUCGUCGGAACCAGCGUCGCAGGAUCCGCACAGGCAGAACGAGGCAACGGUCUGCUGGGCGAAUCCCUGCUCGCUGCCGCUCUCACCAUCGCUCGAGGCCUUGAUCUUGACAAGGCCAUCGAUAGCGUUGUCGACCUUUGCCGUCGUCCCGGGCCCACGGACCCCAAGCAGGCGCAGCAACGCCGCGACUUGCUUGACAAGCACUUGGCCGGUGCCUCCCUGUGGCAGUCCUUGAGCAUCUGGGAGGGCCACUUUUCCUUUGUUAACUCCACCGUUCGUCCCAUUCAACUUAAUGAUCUCACAGCAAAGGCAGAAGCCAUGGUGGCCAUCGACAAUGAAGGUCGCAAGAUCGAGCGUCUGCAUCGCGACCCCUUUCAAUCCAUCGAAAGCCGCUUCCCUGGUCUCGACGAAGAUAGCGUCCUCCGCUCUGCCGGCCGCACGGGACUUGUCUACCGCCUCCAGGCUAUGGCUCGCUUUCACGAUACCAUCGCGGGCAUGUAUCGCAUUCUGGCUACUGCAACCAAACCGGAGCUUGACCCUCCUGCGUCGCUCAUGCCAACGACACCAGAGACGCGCCAGCAAAUCCUCGACUUGCUGUCCUCGUCGUCACAGCAGCAGCUCCUCUGGCAGGCCGCCAAAGCCCAAGCUUUUAGUCCCUUUGCAAGUGUGCGGCCCGCUCUCUUGCUCGAAGACUGGGCCACCAUCGAGUCCUACUCGCUCCAGGAACUUUUGCCGUGCCUCGCCAUCUGCGCUUUCAUGACAGGCGAGCUCAAUCAUGGCUUUUCUGCCAACGAGAUGGUCGACGCUCUUCGCUUCGAUAGCAGUUUCACAAAGCACGGCGCCAUCAUCUCGGAGCGCAGAGAUACCGAGACGCACAGCCUGCUUAGCGUGUUCAGCCUCUUUGAUCGGGGUCUUGGCUAUUCGCAACCCGACAUUUUGACGAGAGGUGGCCCCGCUGCACAAUCAAAGAAGCAGCGCGGCUCUCUCUGGAUCGAAGCCACAGGCGCUCCGUUGCUGCUCACUACCGCCUUUGUCACUGAUGGCUGCAAGACAUUCCUCGAAAAGACCGCCUGCUCUCUGCACGGCUUCGACUUUCUUCCUGUCACCGUCGACAUGCACAUGUCCAUGAUGAUCAACGCGCUCCACAGGCUCGACGAAUGCGACCGAAACGAGUAUCUGCCGCCUCUUCGGCCAAAGAGAAGUAGCAUGCCGCCGCCACCCGCCGGCAGGCGUCUGCCCAGCCUCCCUCCUGAUCUCACAGAUCCCAAGGAUCAAGCUACGCCCGGAAAGAGCAUCUCGCAGAUUGGCGUCCUGUUCAUCGAAGAGAUGGUGCAGGUCAUGCAAAAGUGGAAGCUGGGUGCAUCCUUACAGAGGGCCAUGCCGCUGCAGUUUCGCCACUUGCUCACAAAGGCGUCAGCGCCGGCAUCGUCUGCAGAUGGCCAGUCUCAGCCAGUGUCGACUGACACGUCCGCGAUGCCGGCUGAUGUUCAACCGUCACCAAAGCCAAGCACGCAGCAAUCUCACCAGCCUGACCCGACGAUGCACCAGGACCAUCAGGCUGCUUCAAAUCACUUUGCUCCAAAUCCGAGCAGUAACACCGCUGCCAUCAAUUUCAGCGAUUACCAAGCACAUCAAGGUCAGACUGCGUCGUUCCCUCAAAGCUUUCAACACAGCUUCGUGUCCGGCUUGCCACAACAGCAACAACAGCCGCCCAAUCUCACUGCACCUUCGGGCGGUGGUCACGGAGGAAUGUUUGAUAUUCCCAUGUUUGACUUGUUCGGUUCUGCUUCGACCACCGACUGGGCCAACAACGUGCCCUGGUUCGAUCCAGUCGAUAAUGGUGCCUCUGCCCCCGCUGCCUUGUCCUUGCCGAGCUUUGGCAAUGGGCAUGCUACAUCGCAGUGGGGACAGUAUUCACAACAACAACCGUUUCCGCCGCAGCCAUCGUUGCCGUCGCCGCUGCAGAAUACAUGGCCCGCACCACAAAGGAAGCGGAGUUCGGACACUCUGCCUCCGCUCCAAUAUACAUCGGCGCCGACGACACAGGCCAACACCGUGUACAACGCUGAUUACGGCAGCUACUCUGGCUAUCCCCUACCCACUUCAAGUUCGGCCGCUGGUCUUGGCAGUGUAUAUGGCGAGCAAAGCGAUAGUGCACUAGGGCAGACCCAGCCUCAGUCAAUUUCCAGUAAUGGUGCGCAUCAUCAUCAUUACCGUCAUCAGCAGCAGCAUCAUGCAUUCCAGCAGCCUCCUCAGCAGCCUCCUCAGCAGCAGCCGCCUCCUCACCGGGCCCACUACAAUGGAGAUCAUCACGGUGGCCGAUAA